AUGGCGAGAUCAAACAAGAGCAUCAAGAACCCUUUCUUCACAAUCACCCCGCCACCAUUCUUCUACCUCUUCACCUCUUCCCCAUUUUCCUCACUCCUCUUCUCCCCCAAGAAGGGAAGCCCUAGAACGCACCAUAAUAAACUCUGCAUUCCACCAGCCCUUUCUCUUUUCUUCCUAUCUUUCCUACUUUCCUUCACUUUCUUGGGAAUUUCAGUCCUUAGCUUCACAACCAUAUCUCAACGUUCAUCUCCAUGCUCUCUCAUAUCUCCUUCAUCGGAUUCCUACUCUUCGAUUGCCUUCGCUUCGCAUUCUGCAGUUGGUUCUUCCAACGAGAAUAAGCCGAAGCUGGGAAACAGCGCAAUGAUCCCAUUGCCUGCUCACGUGAUUGUAGGGAAUGUUUCACAGGAAGAAAAAGAGUUCUGGCGGCAGCCAGACGGGGGAGGAGGGUACGCACCGUCCUUGGAUUUCAGUAUUGGGUAUCGGAAAAGGUCGGCGAAGAUUGUGAAGGAGAAGAGGAGGUUCUUGAUGGUGUUGGCUUCUGGGGGUUUGUACCAGCAGAGGAAUCAGAUUGUUGAUGCUGUUGUUAUUGCGAGAAUUCUUGAAGCGGCGUUGGUUGUUCCAGUUUUGCAGGUUAACAUGAUUUGGGAAGAUCAUAGUAACUUCUCAGACAUAUUUGAUGUUGAACACUUCAAACGGACAUUACAAGCUGAUAUACGAGUUGUAUCAUCACUUCCCUCCACACAUUUGACGUUAAAGCAAUCAGUGGAAAACCAGAUUCCUUAUGAUGUUUCCCCGCUUUGGAUCCGUGCCAGAUUCUUCAGACAACUAAAUGAGGAGGGUCUUCUGGUAAUGAAAGGGUUGGAUUCUAAACUCUCCAAGAAUCUUCCACCUGACUUACAGAAGCUGAAAUGUAAGGUAGCUUUCCACGCAUUAAGAUUUGCAGCACCAAUUCUUGAGCUCGGUAAUAAACUUGCGAGAAGAAUGUGGAUAGAGGGACCUUAUAUCGCUCUCCAUCUCCGCUUAGAGAAAGAUGUGUGGAUUAGAACCGGAUGUCUCUCCGGUUUAGGACUGGAUUAUGAUGGAAUCAUCACUAGGACCAGAGAAUCUCAACCUGAAUACCUCACUGGAAGAGUAAACAUGAGCAAUGCUCAGCGUAAAUUUGCUGGACUUUGUCCACUUAACACGCAAGAAAUGACCAGGCUAUUGAAGGGUCUGGGUGCACCAAGCAGUGCACGAGUAUAUAUCGCUGGAGGAGAGCCAUUGGGAGGGGCUAAGGCUCUGGAACCACUUGCUAAGGAGUUCCCAAAUUUAGUCACAAAGGAAAUCUUGGCACAUAAUGGAGAACUCUUACCAUAUGCCAAUAAGAACUCUGCAUUGGCUGCCAUUGAUUACAUUGUUUCGCUGAGCAGCAAUGUGUUUAUACCUUCCCAUGGCGGAAACCUGGCUCGAGCCAUGCAGGGUCACCGAGCUUAUGUUGGUCAUAGGAAAUUCAUAAGGCCCAACAAGCGAGCAAUGUUUCCAUUCUUUGAGGAUGACUCCAUUUCUGAACCAGAGUUCAGAUAUGUUGUCAAAAACCUACACAACAAAUAUCAGGGGCAGCCUGAGCCAAGGAAUAACAAGAGAGACCGAGAUGUGAUUGCAUAUCCAAUGCCUGAGUGCAUUUGUAAGCGGGACAAAGGCAUUCUAAAUGCAAUUCGAUGA